AUGAUUGUGAUUCAAUCAGCAAAGUUGGCCAAAGAGGCAAUGCAAACAAAUGAUAAAAAUACAUGUGAUAGAUUAAUAACCGGUAGAAAAAAGGUUUCGUACAACUUAUUAGAUGUAGCAUUUGGACCGUAUAAUGAGUAUGUUAGAGAAAUGAAAAAGAUACUUUCGGCUCAUUUUUCAAGCUCCAAAAAUAUGCAACUUUUUGCUAACAUACGAAGGGAAGAAGUCACAAGGUUGAUGCAAAAGGUUUCUUCUCUCUCUUCUGCUUCUAAACUCAUCAACUUGAACGAAUUGAUUAUCAAUUAUGCAAGUGCCGAUGCAAGUAGGUUUAGUUUCGGCAAGAGGUACAACGGCGAAGAAGAGUUAGGAAACAAAUAUCAUAGGCUUCUACAUGAUGCUGAAACUAUGUUCACAGCUUUCUUCUAUAAUGAUUAUUUCCCACUUGUUGGUAAUUUUCUUGAUAAGCUCACCGGAAAAUCUUCAAGGCUUGAAGAGAUUUUUAAGGAAUUAGGCGAUUUUUUUGAACAAAUCAUCAACGAUCACCUUGGAGAUAAUAAGCUUAAUUCGGAACACGAAGAUGUAGUUGAUCUUCUGCUUCGCCUUAAGAAUGAUGCUUCCUUUCCAUUUAAGCUCACAAUGGAGCACAUCAAAGCAAUUUUUUUGAAUCUUUUUGCCGCAGGAGCAAGUAGCACCACAGCUACAAUAAUAUGGGUAAUUUUAGAGCUAGUAAAGAGCCCAAUUUCAAUGAAAAAAGUGCAAGAAGAGCUAAGGAAUGAAGCACAAAAAAAGGGUACUACUUGUAUAGAAGAAAUUGAUCUCCCAAAUCUCGAAUACUUCAAGCCAGUAGUGAAGGAAACAUUUAGAUUGCAUCCACCAGCGCCAUUUUUGAUUCCACGAGAAGUAGUCCAAAAAUGUGUUAUAGGAGGAUAUGACAUAUUACCCAAAACUAAAAUAUUUAUUAAUGCAUGGGCUAUUGGACGAGAUCCUGAAUGUUGGAAGAAUCCUGAAAUAUUUAUGCCGGAGAGGUUUAUGGGGAGUUCAGGAGAUGUUUUCAAAUCACUAGAAAACUUUGCAAUGAUUCCUUUUGGCCGUGGAAGAAGGAUGUGCCCUGCUUACUCUCUUGGUGUUGCUAACCUUGAGCUCGCGCUUGCCAAUUUGUUGUACUCUUUUAAUUGGGAGUUGCCUACCGGUGUAAACAAGGAAGACGUCGAUAACAAAGCAAACCCUGGUAUUACAAUGCAUAAGAAAAAUAUCCUUUACCUUGUUGCAAACAAAUUCUGA